CAAGCGCGCACCGGACACGCGCUCGCCGCUGCCGCUGCCGCUGCCGCCGCAGCACAAGCCGCAGAUGUACAAUCAGGAGGGGUACGGCGCGGGGCCGGGCGCGGGCGCGGGCAAGCGCAAGCGGCGGCUGGCGGACAAGAUCCUGCCGCAGAAGGUGCGGGACCUGGUGCCCGAGUCGCAGGCCUACAUGGACCUGCUGGCCUUCGAGCGCAAGCUGGACGCCACCAUACAUCGCAAGCGGCUCGACAUCCAGGAGGCGCUCAAGCGGCCCAUGAAGCAAAAGCGCAAGCUGCGCAUCUUCAUAUCCAACACAUUCUAUCCAGGGCAGGGCGACAACGCCGUGGCGUCCUGGGAGCUGCGGGUGGAGGGCCGCUUGCUGGACGACUCCAAGAAUGACCCGAAUAAGGUGAAGCGCAAGUUCUCCUCCUUCUUCAAGUCGCUCGUAAUCGAGCUGGACAAGGAGCUGUACGGCCCCGACAACCACCUGGUGGAGUGGCACCGCACCCUCACCACGCAGGAGACUGAUGGCUUCCAGGUGAAACGGCCCGGCUACAAGAACGUGCGCUGCACCAUCCUGCUGCUGCUGGACUACCAGCCGCUCCAGUUCAAGCUGGACCAGCGGCUGGCGCGGCUGCUGGGCGUGCACACGCAGGCGCGCCCCGUCAUCGUGAACGCGCUCUGGCAGUACGUGAAGACGCACCGGCUGCAGGACCCGCACGAGCGCGAGUACAUCGCCUGCGACAAGUACCUCGAGCAGAUCUUCGGCUGCGCGCGCGUCAAGCUGGCCGAGGUCCCCGCGCGCCUCGGGGCCCUGCUGCACGCCCCCGACCCCAUCGUCAUCAACCACGUCAUCGCCGUCGAGCCCCCGCACGACGCCAAGCAGACCGCCUGCUACGACAUCGACGUCGAGGUCGACGAUACCCUCAAGACGCAAAUGAACAGCUUCCUGCUGAGCACCGCCAACCAGCAGGAGAUACAGGGCCUCGACGCCAAGAUACACGAGACGGUCGACACAAUAAACCAGCUGAAGACCAACCGCGAGUUCUUCCUCAGCUUCAGCAAGGAGCCGCAGCAGUUCAUUCAGAAGUGGCUCGUCAGCCAGUCGCGCGACCUGAAGACGCUGUCGGGCGGCGCGGGCAACCCCGAGGAGGAGCGGCGCGGCGCAUUCUACGCGCAGCCGUGGGCGGGAGAGGGAGUCGCGCGCUACCUGCACGCGCGUCUGGCCGCGCGCCGCCGCGACCUCGAGCUGGCCGCGCCGCACCCCCACCCUCACCCCCAUCCCCACCCUCACCCUCACCCCCACCUCGCCCGCCUCUAGGCGCUGCUACUAAUA